AUGUUUGCUGACGAUACCAAAGUCUUUCGACAAAUACAAACAACAGAUGAUAGUGAUGUACUUCAAACAGACUUAUCUCAUCUAGAAUCUUGGUCAAAUACUUGGUUGCUAAGAUUUCACCCAGAUAAAUGUAAAGUCCUAACAACAGGGAAACAACAUGAUAACAACCAUAAAUACAACCUGUGUAAUACCACACUAGAACAUGUUGACAAAGAAAAAGACAUAGGAGUAACCAUUGAUAACAAACUAAAUUUCGAACAACAUAUGAAUGAAAAAAUAAAUAAGGCCAAUAGUAUCAUGGGACUAAUUAGAAGGACAUUUACCUGCCUCAAUGAGGAAAUGUUCUUAUUACUUUAUAAAGCACUAGCAAGACCAAACCUCGAAUAUGCCAAUGCUAUAUGGAGCCCAUUCAAAGUUAAAGAUAUAACAGCACUUGAAAAUGUUCAAAGGCGAGCAACAAAAUUGAUACCAACAUUGAAAGAUCUAGAGUACGAACAACGGUUGAAGAAGCUUAAAUUACCAACACUUAAAUACAGACAAAUGAGAGGUGAUAUGAUAGAAGCUUACAAAUUAACAUCGGGAAUAUAUGACGACGCGUUACCUAACCUACUCACAUAUAACACCACUUCUGCUACUAGAGGACACAACAAAAAACUGACUAUCCAAAGAUGCAACAAAAACAUAAGAUCCAACUUCUUCACACAACGAAUUGCACCAAUAUGGAACAGCUUACCCAGUAGCGUUGUAAAUGCACCAACUGUUCAGACAUUUUAA